CAAGUAGAAAUAAUCUGAAUAACCUCAACUGGCAUAAAACAAAAAACCUUUAAUCAGAUUUAAUGUAAGACGGUGUGAGAAAUAUAAAAUCAAUUCUUGAAGUCUGAUAACUUACAUGGUCUUUCGUCGAAUAUAGGUCCGAAAUGAAGAUACCGUUCAUUACUUUUGCGUUUUAAGAGCAAGUACUGAGAGUGUAAACUCCACACAUAUAGCAAAGGUCUUUCACUUGUCGAAUUGUUUCUGUUAUUCCCAUUAUUACCUGCAGGGGGACACGUAAGGUGAAAUAAAAGAAGCUGAAAGUGAAACCAGGCUUCUUUAGAGCAGGCAGCCCGCCUUGUUAGCUCAGAUUUACCAACUAAGCUGCAGAGAAAUGACUUGUGAUCGCAAAAAGGACGAGAUUAUCACAGACAUUACUCUGAUCAUUGAUGAAGAGAUGAUUGGAGACAUAAAUGUUAAAAAGUGGAUUAAUGAUAACUACUGCCCUGAGAAAACUGCGUCCUGUUAUAGAGUGUUCAGUAGAGACUUUAAUAAGGUGCAGCAGCUCGUAAAGCGACUGUCAGGACAUCUUUCUAGUCCUGGAACACAAGGACAGACUGCUCCUCCAACUCCCUGUGCUGCAACAUGUUCAGUACCUGUGAACAGAGUUGUGAUGGAAUACAUAAAAAAAAAAUAUGACGAAAAACUAAAGAAAAUUCUAGGCCAUUUUGUCAUUGAGUUCAAAGCAGCAAACAGUGACCCCCAUAGCACAGUACAGGUUAACUUCAGAGCCCCAAGAAAACCAGCUUACUCUUCUGACAGGGUGCAUCUGGAUUUUGUGAGGCAGAGGUUCAUCAUUUUCUACCAGAGAACUGCCUCUGACCUGCAACUAAUAUCUCUUCAUGUGACUCCACAUCAAGCUGAGGAUCUGCAGAGAAAGUUUCCUCUCCUGUUUUUUAAAUCAGGCUCCAGCAAAGACACAGCAGUCUGUGGACCUUUUGCACAUGUUCAAAAACUGAAAGAGUUUAUUUCUCAAAAUCCAAAGGGUUCAGGCAACAGUCCAGUUAAAAGGGAUCCAGCAAGAAGUCAAAGCUAUAAAUCAUCUGCUCCUUCACCCAAACUAAGUAAACCUCCUGGCAACGAGACAUGUCCAAUUUGUAUGGAGCCAAUCCCACCAGAGAAGAAAAAGGCCCUGCAGUGCAUGCAUUCCUUCUGCAAAGACUGUCUCCAAAGAGCCUUUGACUACAAACCUGUUUGUCCUAUCUGUGGGGAGGUGUACGGGACCUUGAAGGGGACACAGCCUGAUGGAGGGACAAUGGACAUCAGGACAUCCUCUGCCUCCUUACCUGGAUAUGAGAGACAUGGAACAUUAGUCAUCCAUUAUCACAUUCCAAGUGGAAUUCAAAAGGAGGAGCAUCCAAACCCUGGUCAACCAUUCGAAGGUGCAUCCCGAACCGCCUACCUUCCAGACUCCUUUGAAGGAAGGAAAGUCCUGGAACUGCUCAGGAAAGCCUUUAAUCAGAGGCUCAUCUUCACUAUUGGUCAAUCCAGCACCAGUGGCAGGAACAAUAUGGUGACUUGGAAUGAUAUUCACCACAAGACAUCAGUGCAUGGAGGACCAACUUCCUAUGGAUACCCAGAUCCUGAUUACCUCAACCGAGUCCAAGAAGAGCUAAAAGCCAAAGGCAUUAAAUAGGAAUAAAUUUAAGGUCUUGAAAUUGAUUAAAGCAAAGGUAACAUUUUACCAGCAUAGAAAGAGCCAUGUACAAUAACCUCACUGCUUAACAUAUUAAACAUGUGAUGUAAUUCCAGAAUUGUCAGUAUAUUUACAUUAUUCUUGAAUGUAUUCUGUUAUUUCAGCUGCAUUUUGUGCUUUUUUAGAGUCAUUUCUGUUGAUCAAGUUAUUAAUAGAAACUGUACAUCUACA